GUAAAAAUAAGAAAAUUCAGGGAAGUCGCUCCAUUAUCCUGCUUUAUCAUUCAGAGGCCAUGCCGUUUCCUACCUGCUGACUCCUCAAAGCUCCACUUCGUUCGACCCUCCUGCUCCACGCAGGUCACGCCAGGCCCCACGCAGAGUUCACCUGAGGUCACACCCGGAGGAGGAAAAUGUCCCGCGGCUCCAACGCAGGUUUCGACCGACACAUCACCAUUUUCUCACCUGAGGGCCGACUCUACCAAGUCGAAUAUGCCUUCAAAGCCAUCUCUCAGAGUGGGCUGACAUCCGUCGGCGUCAGAGGGACGGACAGCGUUGUGGUGGUCACGCAGAAGAAAGUCCCGGACAAGCUGCUGGACUCCUCCACCGUCACCAACAUGUUCCACCUUACCCCUCGCAUCGGCUGCGUGAUGACCGGCCACAACGCGGACAGCCGCUCACAGGUUCACCGAGCCCGGGUGGAGGCUGGAGAGUGGAAAUAUAAGUUUGGCUAUGACAUCACGGCGGACGUGCUGUGUCGCAGGCUGGCGGAUAUUUCCCAGGUGUACACACAGAAUGCAGAGAUGAGACCUCUAGGCUGCUGUAUGAUCCUGGUGGCUAUAGACCCGCAGCAGGGCCCCGUCCUCUAUAAAUGUGACCCGGCGGGGUACUACUGUGGCUUCAGAGCUACGGCAGUCGGGGCCAAACAGACGGAGGCCAACAGCUACUUAGAGAAGAAGCUUAAGAAGAAGCCAGAACUGAGCCAUGACAGGGCUGUGCAGUUGGCUAUAUCCUGUCUGUCCACUGUGCUGUCGUUGGACUUUAAAGCCACUGAGCUGGAGGUCGGUGUCGUGACCAAAGACAAACCCAAGUUCAGGACCCUAACAGAGGCUGAGAUUGAAGCCCACCUUGUUGCCAUUGCAGAGCGAGAGUAGAGGGACCCUGACAGACGGGAAGUCAACGAUUCUUUACAGCCUUUUCAGAGUAGCUACACCGCUGACCGCCGUCUGAAGACCAGGAGGGACAAACCUCCCUCUGUGUCCACAGAGAUGGAUCUUGUGCAUCUGAUCAUGAAAAGCUGUUCUAGAUGGUUGAUCCAUGCAGAUUCGAUCGGUUCUGAUCUUCCUGACGUCUCCAAUGAGGUCUUAAAAAAUAAAAUUUAAAGUAACAAUCUCAGCAUUGAACAGCACAUUAUCUUUAUAUACUAAUGAAUUCUACGACCAAACAACUUCCACUUUUGUGACAAUACUUCAUAAUAAAAGAGGCUUCAAA